ACACGCCUUUAAUUUACCGGUGCAUUGUGGGAGUUGUAGUUCUGCAGCCAAAGAGUCCCCAUACCAUAUAAACGUUCCUGAUUUGACAACCUAACCUUCUGUCUGCGGCACUACAACUCCCAGUGUGAUCCGCGGCGUUACAGUACAGCACAGAGCACACUGCUUCGGAGGGGAAGGGCAGAUAAUGGCAGAGCCCCGAGUAUUUCUACUGUCAUGUGCUGUUCAGGACUAUGCUUGGGGUAAACUGGGCAAUGACAGUGAGGUGGCUCGACUAUGGGCAAGAGAUGACAAAGAAAGGCCAAUAGUGCCAGACAAGCCAUACGCUGAGCUAUGGGUGGGAGCUCACCCUAAGGGAGAUGCUGUUAUCACAGACAAUCAAAUAGCUCAGAAAACCCUUGGAAAAUGGAUUGCUGCUCACCCAGAAUGCCUAGGCACAAAAGUCCGAGAGAUUUUCCAAAACCAACUGCCUUUCCUCUUCAAAGUAUUAUCUGUGAGGUUGGCACUAUCAAUCCAGGCUCACCCAGACAAGGCUUUAGCUAUAAGGUUGCAUUCUGAAUUCCCACAGCACUACCCUGAUGACAACCACAAGCCAGAGAUGGCUAUAGCGCUUACACCCUUCCGAGGCCUCUGUGGAUUUCGUCCGGUUCCUGAAAUUGUUGGCUUUUUAAAGGCUGUUCCAGAGUUUCAUACCUUAAUUGGCAAGGAGGCAGCCGAAAAGUUAGAGGCAAGUGAGGGUGUGGAGGUGCGGAAAGCUCUGCAAAAUUGUUUCACUUCCAUGAUGCAAAGCAACAAGAAGGACUGUGCAGAACAGCUUAAUCUACUGGUACAACGUGUAUCACAGCAAUCUACAAGUGGAAAGGAAGUAUCUAGUUGUCUUGGAGACCUUCUCCUCACGUUACACUCCCAGUUUCCUGGGGAUAUUGGCUGCUUUGCAAUUUACUUCCUCAAUGUUCUGACACUGCAGCCUGGAGAAGCCAUGUUUCUGGGAGCCAAUGAACCACAUGCAUACCUGGAAGGGGAUUGCAUAGAGUGCAUGGCUUGCUCUGAUAACACGGUACGGGCUGGCCUGACUCCUAAGUUUAUAGAUGUUCAGACCCUGUGUGAGAUGCUGACAUAUACAGCAGCUCCCGCCAGCACCAAACUGUUCUCACCAACACCUGUCAGUGAGGAUCCCUAUGCUCUUCUCUUUAACCCACCUGUACCAGAUUUCUCUGUCAUCAAGAUAGAGGUACCACCAUCAGUAUCUCAGUAUCUGGUAGCAGCUUUAGACUCGGCCAGUAUUCUUUUGCUCGUUCGAGGCGAGGCCACAAGCAAUGUCCCAUAUGCAAGUUUACAUCUUACUCCAGGCUCUGUCCUUUUUAUCUCUGCCAAUGAGAGCUUAAUACUGAAUAAUUCCAACUCCCAAACUCUCUUACUAUUCAGGGCAUGCUGCCUGCUAUGAUAAAGAAAAAGUUACUCUCUAAAGAAUGUUGGAGGAGAUCCCAUAACCCAGGACUAAUGUGUGCCCCUAAACUUCCACAUGAAUAUUGGAGUUACAGGUGAGCUUGAGGAAACAUGUUAUUGACCAUGCUAGCAGAUUGUGCCAUGGAACCUUUUAUUGAUAGUUCUUACAUUAGAAUUACUGGGCUGGGUUGUAAUGGAGAUCUAGAGUAACUGGUCAGCUUUUAGAAUCAUAGGCAGCAAAUGUUAUUGCAAGCACUGAUCAUGUGUACAAGCAGGGAGUGUUAAUAUGUCAGCUGGUUCUACAUAAAGGGAAGCACUUUACUCUAAAGAAAAUAUAUAAUAUAUUUGAGUGUGCUGUGUUUUUGUGGAAUUGUGCAACUGAUUAAAUUGUUGUGGUCAAUA